GGCAACAAGUUCCGGAAAAGACAAAUUAAGCUUUUAUCGGAUUAUGAAAUAUUUAAAGGUUAAACACUUGAAUGUAACACAGCACAGCUUCUCUUUCUACCAACGAAACAAUCUGUUUUUGCAGGUGUAGACUCGAGUCACUCGACUAGUGGAGAUAAAAUUCAAUAAUGAAUUACCUCAAAGAAAGUCUCUUUCUGCAAAUCUGGACGGAAGGGAUCACUUCUUCAUUGGGUCUCUUCUUUUCCAAAAUGGCAAUGGAGAAAGCUGAAGCUAUUGGGAAAUGUUGUGACAAUAUCCAGUGGAGUGCUGGUCCAACUCAGGUUGGGAAACUAGGAUGUGAUGAGAAUUCCAGUGAUACUCCUAUGAAAGAUCAAGAAUGCAUCAAAGAAAUGAAGGAGAUACAUGCUUACCUUGACAUGUUUGUACAUUUCCUUCCAGGUGAAAGAAAUGGUGAGACCAGGUUGCUCACAAGAAAUGUUAAAAGUGGCUUUGAACUCUAUGGCGUCCCCUUUCAACACUCUCACUUCUAUGUCCUCAGAACCAAGACCCUAUGCUUCACUCUGAACCAACUCUUAAUAGUCGCAUGUGUUACCUGUAGAACAGAAGUACUACCAGCUAUGCAUAGAUUCCUCUUGAGAGAAUGUAUUUUCUUUGGAGAAGACCAAUAAUGAUCUACAUAUGUCUUGAAGGACCCCAAGAGCAUGUCUUUUUAUUUUUGUAUGUAUGUAAAUAUGUAAAUGUUGUUGGAGUUGGCACCUUGUGCAGAGUUCUAUUAUAAAACCAAGAAAGAAGCUUCGCUUUACCGAUGUGGGAUAAAAUCUCUUUUUGAAAUUCAAUACAACAAUCCCCCAAAUAUUUCAAAAA